AUGAGAUUCACUCUUUUAAACCUCAUAGGCCUAGCCCUAGUCACUUCAGCUGUUGCAUCUCCUAUGGGAAACGACGAGUUGGUAGUGAGAGAUGCAAUUCUUGAACUAAGUUCUGACUCCUUAAUCCUCGAAGGCCGAGCUCCCAGUGGCUCUGCCAACUACCUUAUGUACCCAAAGGCCAAUGCAUCGCAAGCAGGCAAGACCAAGGUUGACACUCUCACCGAUCUGAAUGGCAAGCUUCUGGCUUGGUACGCUACGCUGAACGCAAGCCAGGUUGCCGCUAUCAAUAAAAGCAACAUUGUCGGGUCAGUUGCUCCUGAUGCACCACUGAAGACCAAGGCAAAAUCGACCGGCAUUGCCAAACGCGCUCUCAAGACCGACAAAAAGGCUCAGCCUGAGCUUCAGAUGUUCUCUACUGCUCCCGGGAAGAAGCCUUCUGGUUACACUUAUGAUGAGAAGGCCGGUCAAGGCGUCACUAUCUAUGUCCUUGAUGAAGGCUUCAACCUCAAGCACAAGGAAUUUACUUCGUCGCCUGGCACUAAGAGGUGGAUCUUCUCCAAGGGCGCCUCUGGUGAGAAUGACCCUGACGGCCACGGCUCCUGCUGUGCAUCUAAAGCACUGGGUAGCACGGUUGGAGUCGCGCCGAAAGCGAAUCUCGUCGCUGUCAAACUUAAGUUGACUUCUUGGUCGCUUCUCAAGGCUUGGCAAGCAGUUGUCUUGGAUGUUAAGCAAAACAAACUCCAAGGAAAGGCUGUCUGGUUCCGAGAUGCACUCGAGACUCUCCUCAAGAACCUGGAGGCUCUUGAUGUUGUUGUCGUCAGCUCGUCAGGAAACUUUGGCACUCAUAUUGAUGUCAGCACAUACCCAUCGCUUUUCGCCGACCGAACUCCAAUCAUUGUUACUGGAGCUGUUGAUAACGAGGGAAAGCUUGCUCGAUUCUCCCAGGGCGGUCCUCUCGUCACGACCACCGCACCCGGAGUCGCCGUCAAGUGCGCUGCUAUGAGUGGCACAUCAGCUUACCAGGCUGGCCAAGAGUCAACUGGAACAUCCUUCUCUACACCCGCCGUUGCUGGACUGGCAGCCUACUUUCUAUCACUCGACUCCUUGAGACCUCGACUUCAAGUCCCUGGUUCUGUUGCUAGGAACGUCAAGGCUCUUAUUCAGGAGCAUCACUACGCUCGCGUCUCAGGUGGACCCAAGGUUGCAUGGAACGCUCAAACUCUUGUGAGAAACUGA